AUGGCUGAUCUGUGGAAAGGAACCAAACCGCCAGUCUACCGGAUUGACCUGUCUCUGCCUCCCGCUGAACGAUAUGUCGCGGUUGCACGUCUCUACGGCGAGAAGAUGCGAUCUCUGACCGGCAUGUUCGACGAGUUGAUUGAAGGGGUCUCUCCCCGGAUACCAGUGAACGUAGUCCAUUGCCUGGCCCGUCUCUUUCUACGCCGGUUAUACACAGCCGAGGAGACAGCCGAGAUCCAAGGCAUCAGCCUCGAGACGGGGAUUGAUCUCUACCUCCUGAUCUGCCUCAAUGUCGUGCUCGAUCUGCUCAUGGGCUGCACUAGUGGAGGUGUACGAUGCAAAAAGGCCACCAGUCAGACGCAUAUGCUGCACUUCCGCACCCUAGACUGGGGGAUGGAUCCUCUGAGAGAACUGAUCGUGCAGUUUGAGUUCAUCAAAGGUGAUGAGCCACAGAAAGUGCUUGCAACCAGCAUUACGUAUGUGGGCUUCGUGGGUGUCUUGACGGGCGUGAAACAGGAUCUCAGCGUCUCUCUCAACUUUCGACCGGUGCAUGAUCCAAGUCGCAAUUGGUCUUUCUAUCUCAACCACCUGUUCGUCCUGCUGGGACUCCGCCAAUCUAUCUCGUCCCUUCUUCGACAAUGCAUUAUGCCUGCCUCGUCCCAGGAACCUUCUCUCAUGUCUGCAAUUCGUCUUUGGUGCUUUGGGCGCUCUCCAUCUCAUGGACUGAAAGACCCCACUCUUAAGGAUAUUAUCGCUCAAGUCCCCAGCCUCCCAACAACAGCAGCCUACCUGAUAUUCUGCGACGGUACGAUGACAGUGAUCAUGGAGAAGGACCACCGCGAUGCUUUUGUGCGCACAUCUGAAUCAUUCAUCGUCACGACCAAUCACGACCAACAGCCCGGCUCUAAGCCAGCGGAGGCCAUCGCAGAAGAUAAAAGGCAACACGCCGGCCUAAGUCUGAUUUCCGCUGACAUCCAAUCUAUGGCCGAUCUCAUUGAAGAGAGUAGCGAACGACUCGGCUGUAUGCAGGAUAAGUGGGAUGCCAAAGUCCAAAGAGAAAAAUCCAGGCAUUCCUGGCAAGCUGAGCUGGAAGAGACCGACCACUCAAAUUUUAACCGUUCAUCUCUGCGAUUGAGGAAGAAGAAAGAAGAAGAGGCGGCCAAGAAGAAGAAGCAGCAGGAAACCUCCGAGGAUCUGGGUGUGUUUAUUACAACGUCCGAGGCGUUGGAAUGGCUGAAUACAUACCCUAUCGUGAACGAAUGCACCCAUUAUGCGGCCCUUAUGACGCCUUCAGAGGGACGAGUUUCCUGGGCGAGGUGGUACUCGCCUGAGAUGUUGACUGAUAUUUAG